CUCUCUAUAUAUAUAUUAGCAGGUGUUGCCAUAACAUGAUCAGAAAUGACUCAUUCUGAUCUUAUCCACCAUUUUUAAAUCUUUAUUGGAGUGGACAACUGGGUAUUUUACUCUCUCAAUUUGAUGUGAGCUUUAAAGUUAAAGAUGGUUGUAUGAGACUUGUAUCUCAUUAUCUCUCACAGAAAUCUCGGUGGGUGUUGCUCUGGGCAUUUCUUCCUCGCGAUAGUUCUGAAGAUUUCAAGCAUUUUGCAUUGUCGACCUGCCAUUCACCGGAGAAGGCCAAAAUGAGCAAGAGUUUGAUGAGGGCAGAAAGAAGAAAAUCACAUCCUUUGUGGUGGGAUAGUCAUAUUUCCCCAAAAAGUUCAAAAUGGAUGGCUGAUAAUACGGAGGAGAUGGAUCGCAGCGUCCAACGGAUGUUGAAGCUGAUCGAAGGCGAAGGAGACUCGUUCGCUAAGAAGGCUGACAUGUAUUACCAGAAGAGACCUGAGCUCGUCUUCCUUGUCGAGGAUUUCCAUCGGAUGUACAGAUCUCUCGCCGAACGUUACAAUCACUUGACAGGAGAAUUGCGCAAAACCAUUCCCUCUGAUUUAAAUUCGCAGAGCUCUGGCAUUUCUGAAGCGGUCUCUGAACAAAUCACUCCCAUUUCAACAUCUGAUCGGAGAUCUAUCCAACGGAGGACUACCCACCGGGCUGCUGGUUUUGAUUUCUUUCUGGGUUCCGCCGGAGGCAGCUGCAAUGACCUCACUCUGAAGGAUGUUGAGCAUUCAUCGUUGUCUUCGUUAGAUUCCGACUUGGAUUCUGAUGAUGCCUCGUCUACCAACAAUUACUCUGGUCCACCCGUCAAUGGCAACGGCGAAAGAUUGCAUCGGCGGGUUAUUGAAUUGGAGAUCGAGCUACGCGACGCUAAAGAAAGACUCCAUGAAGGAGAAGGAAACAGAGAUGGUGGUAAUGCGAAGACCACCGAUAAUAAUGAGAAUUAUGAGAAAUUGCUACAUAAGUUUGUAGGGUACCAGGAACAGCUGAGAAUCACAAACGAGAAGCUGAAGCUCGCAGAGGAAGAGAUUACCAGGUUGAAGCGUGAGCUUGGGGAUGGUGAAUCAAUGAAGAUUGCCCGUAAUUCUCAGGCUCAGCUUGAAUUAGUGCAGAAGGAUAUCAAAGUGGUGGAGACCGGCAAUAAAUCAGGGGAAGGGCGGUCGUUCGAUAUGCAGGUACAGAUUCCUGGAUUGGAGACUAGUGUCCCGGCCCUAGAUUCUGGGUCCUCGAUUGAAAUACUGAAAACUGCAAACAGAAGGCUUCAGGAUAAGGAGGACGAAAUUGCAAGGUUAAAGUUUGAAUUUGAGAAUGAUAAACGAUCUUUGGAAGAGGGUACAAGCGAUACAGGGUUGGAGGUAGAGGUAUUGAGAGAAGAAAUAUCCAAAAUUAGCCAGAAUUCCUCUGCGGAGAAGGAGCGGUUGGAGGUUGAAAUAUCAAAGGUGACAGAGGAGCGUGCCCCGCUAGAGGCGAAGCUCAGAGACUGCGAAUCGAAGGGUCGAUCUCUGGAGGAAGAGAUGGAAAGAUUGAAGGCGGGCAUUACACAGAGAGGAGAUGAUGUGGAAGCAUUGAACAAAGACCUUGACGUAUUAAAAUUAAAAUACGAAAUGCUGGUUGCAGAGAGAGACGGGUUGAAGGCGACGGUGGAGACAAUGAUGGCGGAGGUUAGUUGCAGAGACGAUCGGAUGGAACAAAUGGAAGAACAUCUGAAGAGAUUGCACAUGGAGCAGAUGGAGAUGUUGGCAGGGGCAGAGAGGGGGAGGAAAGUUGUGGAGGAACUGGGAGGAAAGGUGAGGGAACUGGAGGAGGAGGUGGAGAGGCAGAGAGUGACCAUAUCAAACGGUGCUGAGGAGAAACGAGAGGCAAUUCGUCAGCUUUGUUUCUCGCUGGAUCAUUACCGGAAUGGGUAUAAGCAGCUUCGCCAGGUUUAUAUUGGAAACCACAAACGCCACUCGGUCUUAGCUUCCUAAACUUUUCAAUCUCUCUCUCUCUCUCUCUCU